CAGAGACAAUGGCGGCCCUACUCGCACGCUUCCGGGGGUGACGGGAACGGCAGGAAACCCACGUUUGAGGAGCAGGUACGCCAGCGCCUCCGGCAGGCGCAGGCGCAGGCGCGCCGGUCACACGAGUACCAGCAGGUCACGCGCGAGGACCGAGCGCGGCACGGGCUAGCCACGGCCCGCCCUCUCCUGUCGGACGCCACGGCGUCGAUGCUGGCGCGCGCGGGGACGGGGACCAGCUCGCGCGCCUUCAUGGCCGGCUGCAUCGCCGCCGCCGUCCUCUUCUACCUGGCCAACUCGCAGACGGUGCCGGUCUCGGGCAGGCGGCGGUUCAACUUCCUGGGGGACUCGUACGUCGAGUCGAUCGGGUCGCGGGAGGCGGACGCCGUCGUCAGCCAGGUCGAGGCCCAGGGGGGCAGGUUCCUCCCGCACUGGGACCCGAGGUACAGGCAUGUCCAGAGGGUCAUGGGGAGGUUGGUGCCUGUCAGCGGUAUGACGGAUGUGAAUUGGCGGAUUCGGGUGAUUGACGAUGAUUCAAAUGCAAACGCCUUCGUCACACCGGGCGGCCACCUCUUCGUCUUCACCGGCAUACUCAGGGUGUGCGGUAACUCGGACGGGCUGGCGGCCGUCCUGGGCCACGAGAUCGCGCACAACGUGGCGUCCCACGCGUCCGAGCGGCUGUCGGCGGCUUACGUGGCCAACUUCACGUCGGGGAGCCUGUUCUUCAUGGCGGGAGCGCUGCGCGGCUUAGCCCUGCUGGGGAUAUGGACGGUGACGGGGGGUAUGUACCUCCAGGAGCUGCUGUACGGACUGCCGAUGGGUCGCAGGAUGGAGAGCGAAGCGGACUACAUCGGCCUCAUGAUGAUGGCCGAGGCCUGCUACGAUCCCAGGGAGGCGGUGGCUUUCUGGCAGCGCAUGAGCCAUCUGCAGAGUAAGGGGUACGAGGUGCCUGAGAUGCUGAGUACGCAUCCGUCUAACGACAAUCGUAUUCAGAAGAUGAGAGAGUGGCUGCCCGAUGCCAUGGCUAAGAGGAAUGAGAGCGACUGCAUGGGAGGGGCGGGUGCAUGGGCGGAUCAGUUCCGAGAUACGCUGAGGAGGAGGCAACUCAUACGGAUAUAA